CUAACUCCCCCCCCCCUCUCCGGCGGUGGCUGGCUGCGGCAGCUGUAGAGCCAGGCUGGGCCGGCGGAGGCGAAGGGAGCAGCCGUGCAACAUGGCGGACGGCGUGGACCACAUAGACAUUUACGCCGAUGUAGGAGAGGAGUUUAACCAGGAAGCUGAAUAUGGUGGGCAUGAUCAGAUAGAUCUGUAUGACGAUGUCAUCUCUCCAUCUGCCAAUAACGGCGAUGCACCAGAGGAUCGUGAUUAUAUGGACUCUCUUCCACCAUCUGUUGGAGAUGAUGUGGGCAAAGGAUCAGCACCAAAUGUUGUCUAUACAUAUACAGGGAAGAGAAUUGCAUUAUAUAUUGGGAAUCUUACUUGGUGGACCACAGAUGAAGAUUUAACUGAAGCAGUUCAUUCACUUGGUGUAAAUGAUGUUUUGGAGAUAAAAUUUUUUGAAAACCGUGCUAAUGGCCAAUCUAAGGGAUUUGCUCUUGUGGGUGUGGGAUCUGAGGCAUCUUCCAAAAAGCUGAUGGACCUGUUGCCCAAAAGAGAGUUACAUGGUCAAAAUCCUGUUGUAACUCCUUGUAAUAAGCAAUUUCUCAGUCAAUUUGAACUGCAAUCGAGAAAAACUACACAAUCAGGCCAGAUGUCUGGUGAAGGCAAAGCUGGUCCCCCAGGAGGCAGUUCACGAGCAACUUUUCCUCCAAGUAACAGAGGGAGGGGCCGUUUUCCAGGUGCCCUUCCUGGAGGGGACAGAUUUCCAGGACCAGCUGGACCCGGAGGGCCCCCUCCACCUUUUCCAGCUGGACAGACUCCUCCACGUCCACCUCUAGGUCCUCCGGGCCCACCAGGCCCACCAGGUCCUCCUCCACCUGGCCAGGUUCUGCCUCCUCCACUAACUGGUCCUCCUAAUCGUGGUGACCGUCCCCCUCCUCCAGUUCUGUUUCCAGGACAACCGUUUGGCCAACCUCCAUUGGGUCCACUUCCGCCUGGUCCUCCACCUCCAGUACCUGGCUAUGGUCCUCCACCAGGUCCUCCUCCCCCACAGCAAGGUCCUCCACCACCUCCAGGUCCUUUCCCCCCUCGUCCACCUGGUCCUUUAGGACCACCCCUUACACUGGCUCCUCCUCCUCACUUACCUGGACCACCACCAGGUGCUCCCCCUCCUGCCCCACACGUGAAUCCAGCUUUCUUCCCCCCACCAGCCAAUAGUGGCAUACCUACAUCAGACAGUCGUGGUCCACCACCUUCAGACCCAUAUGGCCGACCUCCACCAUAUGACAGAGGUGAUUAUGGGCCACCAGGCAGGCGUUUCACUGGAAAUAACAUGUCCAUAAGAGAACAAUUACAUAUGCCAUUGUAUUGGAGACAAACGAAAAAUAAUACUCAAAACGCAGGGAGAGAAAUAGAUGCUGCAAGGACACCAUUAAGUGAAGCAGAAUUUGAAGAAAUUAUGAAUAGAAAUAGGGCUAUCUCUAGCAGUGCCAUUUCAAGAGCUGUAUCAGAUGCAAGUGCUGCGGAAUAUGGAAGUGCUAUAGAAACCUUGGUGACUGCAAUUUCAUUAAUUAAACAGUCCAAAGUAUCUGCAGAUGAUCGCUGCAAAGUACUUAUUAGCUCUCUGCAAGAUUGUCUUCAUGGGAUUGAAUCAAAGUCUUACGGUUCUGGGUCAAGAAGACGUGAACGGUCAAGGGAGAGAGACCAUAGUAGAUCAAGAGAGAAAAGUCGGCGCCAUAAAUCUCGUAGCAGAGAUCGCCAUGAUGAUUAUUACCGGGAAAGAAGCCGUGAACGUGAGAGGCAUCGUGACCGUGAUAGAGACCGUGAUAGAGAGCGUGAUAGAGAACGAGAAUAUCGUCAUCGUUAAAAGCUGAAGGAAGAGGAGCACCUCGCCAGAAAAGAAAUGUAACUUCGUGGAAAGAGGCUUGUCCAGCAGUUUGCUUCUUGUGAUCGAACAGAGCUGUAAAGGAUUCAUGGAUAAAUUGAACAGGAAUAGAUCUGAAUAAAGCAAAUCUGCAUAUAUGGUAACCAGUAGCUCUCUUACUUUUUAUGUUGCUUAGCUGUUUUUAUUUGAAGGAACCUGUGUGAUUUAAAACAUGUAGCUUUUUGCAACUAUUACUGGUUAUAUAUAUAUAUAUUUGACAAUUAAAAUGUGCAGGCAAUUGGAAAAAAAGUCAAGUAAAUGCUUGUUUUUAUAGUAGUUGGUUCUUGUUUAAAUGUUCUAGAUAAUGUCUGUAAAGCGCACCAAUUUGAUUAUAAUAGAUGUAGUGUUGUAAUAAACUGUUUGAUGGGGCUGAUGUGUAAAUCUGUUCGAGUUAUUUGAUGUUUACACCUCAGGGAGCGUCUUGUGUUCAGCAAUAUUUAAUGGUGUUAAAUGUCUCUAACAAAAUGCAUAUUUUUUACAAAUGCAUCAAUUUAUUGUAUUUGAUGAACUUUAUGAUGAAACUAGAAUAGAAAUCACAUUAUUAGUUUACAGCCAGUUUUACAUAGAUGGUUUUGAACAUGCCUAAAAGUAUACCAAAAAAUUAGUGUUUCUGAUCCUUGUAGAUUGAAAUUCCAAUGGAGAAGACUUUAAAGUUAAAGUGUACAAAAGACUUCUGUUGUAAUAUACAGAACUAAAUACCCCAUAUUUAUUUAUAAAAUGUUAGAAAACAACAUUGGGCAUUUUCAGAUGAUGGUCAUUCUUUAUUUUUUUGUUAUAUCCUAUUUCCAAAUACUCUUGAUAGUGUAUCCAUAGACACACAGUUGUACACAGUAGGUACAAAAGAGUUCCCUAGAAACAACAACUUGAAAAAUAAAAAUCCCAGAAGUUUCUUUACACAAUAAAAUAUAGUUUGCCCUAAUAAGUAGAUGUAAAUCUGAUGUAUUCCAGAUUCAACAGUAGAUUUAUAGUAAUGCUCAGCAAUGUUUGUUGAUAAAAACAGACUUCUCAGAUUCUUACUUGUACCUGCCUAAUUUCUUCUUUCAAAGCUGUCAACAUUUUAAAUGUUUACUAUUUCCCCAAAUUUACGGCAAUUGGUUUCUGAAUUAAUGAAAAUCAUUUUUAAUAUUUAAUCAAUAUCUUAGUAAAUUGGAUUAUAAAUUUGUUGAGAUAUGAAAUUAAAUACACCAUAUAUAUUCUGCAAUUAUAAUGAUAAAAACCAUGAUCAGUCUUGAGUUUUUUAAUUAAUAUUAUAAUCUACAGUUUUUAAGAUAAGUGAAGCAUACAUAGUAAAAUAUAUGUGUGUUUCAGUUAUAUACAUAAGGUAUUAUCUGGAUCUUUGUUUCAGUUUACCCAGGAGUAAAACCCUUUGAAAGUGGAAUUACAUUUAAGUAAAUAUGCAUGCUAGUAUAUAUUCACUCAUUAUUAGCUGCACAUGGAAACACUCAAAUUACUAUACUGGUUCUGUUCAUAAUCCUACUCAGAGUAGAAAUAAAAUAUCUGUCUAUGACGGUUAUCCAAUAUGACUUAAUUUACAUUGUUAUAAAAGUCAGUUUAUCAAAUGCUUAACUGAGUCAGUGCAACUUAACCUAUUGUAUAGACUUGUCUGUUUCAAAUUAAUUUUUAGUUGUUAAUAACUGGAGUGGUAUGAAUAUGUUAAUGUUCACUGAAAAGAUUUUUAUAAUGGCUCCCUUUAUCAUUUUUGUACAUUGGACAUUCUUAUGAUUCAUUCUUGGUUUGUUUUCUUGAUCUAACACAUUUUUAUGUGAAAUUGGCUUCUGUUAAGCAUAUUAUUAUGAUCAGUUUACCUAAUUAGUAUGUGGAAAUGUUAAUAUUACUUUCGAUUUAGCUUCCAAUUUCAUUGUGUGUGUGCGUGUGUAUGAGUGCGUGUGUGUAUAUAUGUAUAAAUAAAUAGGUAGUUCAGAAGUAAACAUUGAUUGAAGUAAAAUAUUGAGAUGUUUGGGUCCAUGUACUCUUUUUAUUUAAAAGUUAUACUUAAGGUUUUGAGUUGUUUCCUUUGUGCAGGGCUGAAUAGGUAUAUAAUCAAAAACGGGGAAAUUGCUCACAUACUUGGAAUGGCUUGUUUAUGUAGGGUGGUUGUCGUUGCCCUAAGAAUUCCAGUCAGUAAUGCAUUUUUAAUUAGCUAGAAUGUGCACAAAGAAUCUGGACUAAAAACUGGAAAAAGCAAAAGCUGAAGAAACAGCCAGGUAAGUUAGAUAUGCAUCAUGGAUACAUUUUAUUUGGAAAACUUAGUAUCCAAGAACCAAAAUGAAAAUAAUUUAAAAUUAUAACUUACUUUAGUGUAACUUUUUACAGUUUAAAAAUAGCGUUAUUGCUGUAUAUAGAUUAUUUUAUGUUUUCUUCUCAAGAUUUCCAUUGCUGGCAGUGGAUUUGCCAAAAAUCAAAGUAUGAAUGGGUUUUUUAAAAUAACUUUUUAUAUAUGUAGUGUGAAAGUUUCUGAUGUGUGGUAGUAAAUUGUAGGUAAAAAUUAUUUUCCAAUCUGAAUUAUUAAUUUCAAUUAACAUUUAAAGAAUUCCAAAGAUUUUAAGACAAAUGAAGGCAUUCCAGUUGUGAUAUGUCUGUGAGCAAACUCAGGAUAUAUUAUUGUGAAUACUCACAAGACAGUAACAAAAAUCUGGAUAUUUUCUAGGCUUCUACUGAAAUUUGUUUGGAUUUCUGUAUUUAUUCUGUUUCUGACAGGAAAAUGUAUCCAAGUAGGUACUUGAUGUUCUGUAUAUAGAUAUUCGUCGAUUAAAAAGAGGUAUUUUAUGUUUUUAUCAAUAUAAAUUAAAAGCAAAACACAGACUUAAAUUAAUUAAUGUCUCCUUAGGUAUGUCAGCAUCUACCUGUAAUGUCACUGUCACGUUUCUUAAUGUGCAUAGUUGCAGCAGGUGGUACUCUUGGAACUAAUUUGAACUUAAGCCAGAACAGCGAAUUUAUUAAUUGGAUAGAUUUUCUCUCAAUGUAUUGAGUUAAUACAUAUAGCUGGAUAACUUUGUUUUUAGAAUAAGUUUUCAAAUUGCAUACUAAGCAGAUAUGCACUCUUUUUUGUCAUAUUUAAAAUCUUGCCCAUUACCUAUCAUGUGUCUCUCCAAUAACCUGAUUGCAAAUACUGCAGUGGGAAUGCAAUCCAUGUUACCUAUGUUUAGAUUUCUUAAUUAAUUUUACAGUGAAAAUCCUGGUUAGUUUUGAGAUUGUGUGUGCUUGACUGCUUUUGAUUAUUCCUGGAUUAUUUGGUUGUCAAAUAUGAACUGCAGAUUUUAAAUGUAUAUAAUGACUUCAGUUUUAAGAACUCUUUUGUAAAUACAAUAUUGGAUAGUGGUUAGAUUCUCACUCCAGCUUACUACUAAUUUUUAUAUGUAGGGUCUUAUUCACAUUGUUUACUUGUUUGAUGUAAGAUUUCACAGCCUUAAAAUGCAGCUUUUAAUGUAAAAGCAUUAAACAUAUUCUGUAAAAUGUGCAUACUUCAACUGUUUGUCAAUCUUAAAAAUCUGAGAAAUAGGGAAAAUUGUGUUAAUGAAAAUAACAUUUUCAUCUGAGCAAGAAAGAAUAGUAGGAAUUUAUUUAACAACCAGAUAGUUAAUCUGAGAACAAGGUGUUUUAAAAAGCACAUUAGAAAUAUUUUAUAUAAGAAACUGAUACUCCUUAUGUAUGUGUACAUACUAUGCCAUCAGCAAACAUACACAUGCUUAUGCAAACUAUUAAUACAUUUUCAUUUCCAUCAAAUAUUGCUUUCUUUCUUUGCAGCUGUAAAUUAUUAGUUUAAAUAAAAAUAAUGCCACAGUAUCCAUAUUACAAAUGUAGAUUAUUUCAAGCUUUUGGGGUACAGUUUUUUAAAUCAAAAGCCACUUUUGAGAAGACAUUCUCUAGAAUACAACAUGGGACUGCAGCAGGGCAAAAUGAAAGAAUGUUGUAAGGUCAUACUAUAUAAGCAGUAACAUUUCUGUUUUCAUACAUUUCUAGUCCAACUCUGCUGAGAUCCAAAAAUGCAAUAAACAUGGAACUCUGCCACACUUUGGAUUUAGAAGCAAAAUAGUGCUUCAGAUCAUGCAGACACACAAAUGUAAUGCCUAUCUGCAACACCUUAAAUAAGUAUUUUCUGAAUUCGUACACCUGCAUCAUGACGUUGGGAAAAGAGCAUAACUACUUUGAAGCAAAACCAACUGAUAUGUUUGCCCCUUAUAUACUCUGAUUACUUUUUUGCCUUUGAAUUUGAAGUGUUGCAGAACCGUGCUUUCUCCAUGGAGAAUGACAUCUUUUUCUACAUUGUAUUAAACUUUGGGUAUUAAAUGAUUUUACAAUUUUCUCCAACUCUGAGACAAUUUAUCAUUGUAGUUAUUGAGAAUCUUGUUAGGCAAAAUUUUUAGAAGCUUCCACAAAAUGUCAAAUUAAUCAGCAUUUAGAGUAGGAUGUUCUAUAUAAAGGGGUGGGGAGAUGAAAGCUAAUCGCCUUAUUGACAGGUUAUUGGAAAGAGACUACUGAUGGUGGAAA